UAUAUUUGUUUUUAUUUUUUUGUUUUUUGUUUCUCUUUCUUUGAACUUUGACUGGAACAAGAGAAGUACAAGCAAGAAAGAGAGAGACAGAGAGAGAGGCAUUACUUGCAGCUUUCGGCGCUCUUUCUCAUCUUCUAGAUUUAGCCACCAGCUCUUGGUUCCUCUUCCCCCUAUUCUCAUUUAUUUUUUUCUCUUAAAUCAGUACAUAAAUAUAUUGUUGUAUAUCUUACAAUAGUAUCUAAAGUUUUUCUCAAACAUCAUCAACAACAACCAACCAAAACCAAUUCCUCUCUUAUUUUCUCUUUGUUAUACUCCGAAGCAAAUCAUCAGUAGCUUAAUCCGUAGCUAAAAAGUUGUAUCCUUUACUUCUACUUGGUUCAUAGUAUCGUCUUCGGGUUAAGUAAACCACAUUAUGAGUGAUCUUUAUACAAGGGAAUUAAAUAAGUUUUGGACAACUGGUCGACCCUGAUCAUUGCCUCUUCUAUGCUGUCUAGUGUAGUACAUAAUAUGGGGUCACUCUGCAGUAAACAGCGUCGUUACAAUGAAGCAGACGCUGAAGAGAAUGCACAGGCUGCAGAAAUUGAAAGGCGAAUUGAACAAGAAACAAAGGCUGAAAAGCAUAUUCAAAAACUCCUACUUCUCGGAGCUGGAGACUCUGGGAAGUCCACAAUAUUUAAGCAGAUAAAACUUCUGUUUCAAAGUGGUUUUGAUGAGUCGGAAUUGAAGAGCUACAUACCUGUCAUCCAUGCCAAUAUCUAUCAGACAAUAAAAAUAUUGCAUGAUGGAUCAAAGGAAUUGGCUCAAAAUGAAGCAGAUUCCUCAAAGUAUGUCAUAUCCAGUGAAAAUAAGGACAUUGGUGAGAAAUUGUCAGAAAUUGGAGGCAGAUUGGAUUAUCCAUGUCUCACCAAAGAGCUUGCAAAGGAGAUUGAAACUCUAUGGAAAGAUGAUGCAAUUCAGGAAACAUAUGGCCGAGGUAAUGAGCUUCAAGUUCCAGAUUGUGCCCAUUAUUUCAUGGAAAAUUUACAAAGACUAUCUGAUGCAAAUUAUGUUCCAACAAAGGAAGAUGUUCUUUAUGCAAGAGUUCGUACAACUGGUGUUGUCGAGAUCCAGUUCAGUCCUGUGGGAGAGAACAAGAAAAGUGGUGAGGUUUAUAGAUUGUUCGAUGUUGGUGGCCAGAGAAAUGAGAGACGGAAAUGGAUCCAUCUAUUUGAAGGUGUUACAGCUGUAAUUUUUUGUGCAGCAAUUAGCGAGUAUGACCAGACGCUUUUUGAGGAUGAAAACAAGAACCGCAUGAUGGAGACAAAGGAACUUUUUGAGUGGGUCCUGAAGCAGCCAUGUUUUGAGAAAACAUCCUUUAUGCUGUUUCUGAACAAGUUUGAUAUAUUUGAAAAGAAGAUUCUAAAAGUGCCACUGAAUGUAUGCGAGUGGUUCAAGGAUUACCAGCCAGUUUCAACUGGAAAACAAGAGAUUGAGCAUGCCUAUGAAUUUGUCAAGAAGAAAUUUGAAGAGUUGUAUUUCCAAAGCACGAGCCCAGAUCGCGUGGAUCGUGUGUUUAAAAUAUAUAGAACCACCGCCCUGGAUCAGAAACUUGUGAAGAAAACUUUCAAGCUUGUAGAUGAGACAUUAAGACGCAGAAAUCUCUUCGAAGCUGGCUUAUUGUGAGGGAGAAGGUAUACUUCGGAAAACAAUGUUCAUAGUUUGAAGAACUGGAUAAUUUGAAAAUCAAGAGUUAUUGUAAGAAAGAAAGACCUUCAUCUGAUGGCAAGCUGGCAUCAUAUUUUGGCAGGCUGAAAAAUUUUGAAUUUGUUUUGGUUUGAAGCACAUCAGAAAGAAGAAUUAGUAUUUUUCUCCCAUGAUUUUCUUUGACUGGUGAUUUGUCUCGAGGGAAAAAGAGAAGCCUUACUAGAGGAUCUAUUUUCUUGCCUAUUCUGUCUUGUUCAUCGAUUGGCAUUUGUAUUGAACAUAUGAAAGUAACUUACGUAUUCUUUCUAUCAUGACACAAAAGUAGUCGUCAUCAUCUUAAAUUCAA